UGUGACGAUGUUUGCAACAACUCCAAUGUUUACGGAAGUAGACAAAACUGAAGAAUGAGCGACGACUGACAUGCACGGACUCUAGACUCACUGCUCAUUACAUGUGCUGUUUAAAUGUCCAAUAAAAAUUCUCAUCCCGAAAUACAUUUCAAAUAUGAAUGAUACAAAUAUCAUACCUUUCAAGAGAAACACUUUAGACAGGGGAAACUAACCAAAUAUUUAAAACAGUCCUGUAUAGUAAACAAGAGGAUUAAGGAAUUUUCUAUAAUGCAGCAGCAUUCUGAAUCUGAUCAAGUACAACUAGACUUGCAAACAAAUAGUACAAGAUUUCAUGUUCUGGUCGGUUUGACUGGCAGUGUAGCUGCACUCAAGGCGCCUUUGUUGGCAACACAACUACUUGAGAUUCCAGGGGUUGAAGUCCGUGUGGUCACCACAGACCAUGCCACUCAUUUUUACGAUAUCAAUGAAGUCCCUGUCCGUGUGUACACAGAUAAGGAUGAGUGGGAGAUGUGGACAAAGCGCUCUGACCCUGUGUUUCAUAUUGAACUUAAACGUUGGGCAGAUCUUUUAGUGAUUGCUCCACUGGAUGCCAACACACUUGGUAAAAUUGCCAGUGGAAUAUGUGACAACCUCCUGACAUGUGUGGUGCGGGCCUGGGACACCAGCCGUCCUCUGCUCUUCUGUCCUGCUAUGAACACAGCCAUGUGGCAGCACCCUAUCACUGCACAGCAAGUGGCCACACUUAAAAGCUUUGGCUAUGUUGAGAUACCAUGCAUUGCCAAAAAACUAGUCUGUGGAGAUGAAGGUAAAGGUGCCAUGGCUGAGGUUUCAACUAUUGUUGAUACUGUCAAACAGUACGUCCAGAAACAUCCUGAAUGACCUCGGACUAAACAUACCAGUGGUCAAGAGACACAAGGUUAUCUAUGGAAGCCAAAUUCCUAAUAAAAAAUAAAAAAAAUUUUUUUAUUAUUUUUAAAAUAAU